CCGAAGCUCAUAUAAAAAAAACACAAACUCUUACUCCCUUUCUUAUUCUCACCCUCCUCAUCCCCACCGACACCGACACCGACACCGACACCGACACCGACACCGACACCAACACCAACACCAACACCAAUACCAACACCAUCUCCCAGUACUCCUAUAGCUAUAGCUAGUUAAUUUUUUCAUCUUUCAAACAAACAAACAAACAAACAAGAUCAUCAACUAUCUAGAUCCACAAACAUAUAGUAUGGAAACUACUCAUCCUUGGCCUGAAGGUCCAUCAACUACUUGGAAAAAGUUGAUCGAAGAGCUAGAUGAAGGCCGAGACUUUGCAACCCAGCUUAAGUCUGAAGGUCCAUCAACUACUCGGAAAAAGUUGAUCGAAGUGCUAGAUGAAGGCCGAGACUUUGCAACCCAGCUUAAGUCUGAAGGUCCAUCAACUACUCGGAAAAAGUUGAUCGAAGAGCUAGAUGAAGGCCGAGACAUUGCAACCCAGCUUAAGUCCCUUCUCCACAAGCGCUUGGAAAUAACUCAUGACCAUGCCUCACCCUCACCCUCACCUGAUGAACUUGUCUCGAAAAUCAUGAGAUCUUUCACUGAGAGUCUUUCCAUACUCUCUUGUAAGUCUGUUGAGGUAAUUCAUCGGAAUCUGGCUGUUUCCCAUGCUGCUUCACAUUGCGAUGACCCCAGGUCUGAUGACUAUGAUUACUUUCAUGACUCUGAUGACUCUGGCGGCUCUGAUGACUCUGGCGAGAAUAGAAAGAGGCCAACUCCCAAGGAUCGGAGAGGCUGUUAUAAGGGAAGGAUGAAAGAUGCUGGGACAUUUGAGGUCCCUUUGUCUCAAGCUAAGACAGAUCUGGGUUUGCAAAGCCAGGCUGGAAAUUGGAACAAGUCAAGUGAAGUGGGACCAGCUUAUACAGUUCCUGAGAGGGAUCAAGAAUCUACUCAAUCAGCACUCACUCAGUUAACUGGAUCAAGAGACAGUGAGGGGGUAGGUGAUGCAGAAACAAUAGAAGGGGGGAAUGGGGCAAAUCCAAAGAGAAGGAUGAAAGAUGCUGGGACAUUUGAGUUCCCUUUGUCUCAAGCUAAGACAGAUCUGGGUUUGCAAAGCCAGGCUGGAAAUUGGAACAGGUCAAGUCAAGUGGUACCAGCUUAUACAGUUCCUGAGAGGGAUCAAGAACCUACUCAAACAGCACUUACUCGGUUAACUGGAUCAAGUGACAGUGAGGGGGAAGGCGAUGCAGAAACAAUAGAAGAGGGGAAUGGGUCAAAUCCAAAGGGAAGGAUGAAAGAUGCUGGGAUAUCUGAGGUCCCUUUGUCACACAAGACUGUGGCAGAACCAAAAAUCAUGGUGGGCAAAGGCAAUCCUUAUCAAGGUGUUAUAAUAUUAUCCCCUCCCUCUCCAAACCGAACUGUGCCCAAUCCAAUGUUUGACCUUAGAUAUCCUCUUUUUGGGGUUGGAACUGGCUUUGUGAAAGAUUAA